AUGAACGUCUCGGCUUCUCCCUCUGGCUCGCAGCCUUUCAUCAAGAGAUCUACUCUAAGUCCCGCAUUCAAGAAGCCUAGCAGAUGGUAUCUCCCGCUCAUGGGUGCCAUAGCUCUCGGCUUCGGAGUCGCCAACUACUACGAAAACCAAGCCCGCCAGCCCCAGUUCGACCGUGAAGAAGAGGAACGUCUUCGAAAGAACCGGGCCCUGAUGGAUGCCUACGGCGACAAGGAAACAGUCCAGGAUAUCGAACGGGCGCUGGUAGUCUAUGACCUUCAGUAAUCAUCCUUGAUGGAGGAAACAAUCAUUGCAUUACAAUCGGGCACACUUAGCGUGGAAUAUGGUUACGGCUUUCAUGAAUGAUGGCGCAUAUGGAGUUUGGGUUUCCUUUUACUCUCCGGAAGAGAUGAGGCAUGGAUUUGUGGUUUCGGGAUUAUGAAUUUGACCGGGCAUUAACUUGCUGGUUUAGUUACCGCGGAUUAGCAUUGAAUUGAGAAGCAAGCUGGUUAUUGCACUUAU